AUGGGUCUCAAGACCAUCAAUGACUCCCAGUUCCUCUGUCCAAUCUCGGCCAAGACAUCCAUAUUCAUGAUAUGCGAUGUUCAGAGAAGGCUGAGGGAUGGCAUGUACGGCUUUGACGCGAUGAUAGCGCAGAUCGACAAGAUGUUGAAAGCGGCGCCGAUGGUGGGGCUCAGGACGAUGGCGACGGAGCAGGUACCGAAGGGCGGAUGCGAGCCGCAUGGGAAGCGGGAUACGACGGUUCCCGAGCUGGAUUUGAGCAGUCUGCCGAAAGAGCUGAACUUGGGUACAUUCAAGAAGAGCAUGUUCACGAUGAUCUUUGACGACACCGAGGAGGUGCUUCAACGUGUCAAGCCGAAAGUUGCCAUUCUGGCUGGAAUGGAGGCCCAUGUCUGUAUCCUACACACCGCCCUCUCCCUCCUCCGCGCUGGAGUGGAGGUCUACGUCCUCGUAGACGCCAUCACAUCAUCCCAUCGGCAAGAGACGAUGAUCGCUGUCGAUCGGAUGCGGCAAGCAGGGGCGAUCAUCACCACGUCCGAAGCGAUUCUGAUGGAGUUUGUCGAGGACUCUGCAGAUCCGGUGUUCAAGGAGCUUUGCGAUAUGGUCGCGGAUACGAAAAAGGCCAGCAAGAACGCGCUGGACGUCCUGCUGGAGCCACAUAUGCGAGGGCAGCUCUCGCGGUAA